GUCUGGACUUAAAUUGUACUGGAGGAAAACGUGAGAUGGGCUCGGUUUCCAACCAGCAGUUUACAGGGGGGUGUUCAAAAGCAGAAGAAGAGGAAUCGACGAGCGCCGAGGAGGAGUCGGGCCCGUUCCACGGCAGCGGCGUGUGCAAAUGGUUCAACGUGCGCAUGGGGUUCGGGUUUCUGUCCAUGACGAACAGAGAGGGGAUCCCCCUCGAGACGCCAGUAGACGUGUUCGUUCAUCAGAGCAAGCUGCACAUGGAGGGCUUCCGCAGCCUGAAGGAGGGCGAGGCUGUGGACUUCACCUUCAAGAAGUCGGCCAAGGGCCUGGAGUCCGUGAGAGUGACAGGGCCGGGGGGCGGGCCCUGUGCUGGGAGUGACAGGAGACCCAAGAGCGCCCAGAAACGCCGCUCUAAAGGAGACCGGUGUUACAACUGUGGAGGGCCAGACCACCACGCCAAGGAGUGCAAGCUGCCCCCUCAACCAAAGAAGUGCCACUUUUGCCAGAGCGUCUCUCACAUGGUCGCCAACUGUCCAAUCAGAGCGCAGCAAUCAUCCCCCACCACUCAGGGAAAGCCCUCGUCCUCUGGGGGCGAGGAGGAGGGGGAACAGAGCCACGCCCCCUUGCCCUAA